UUUCACUUCUCUUUUUUUUUAUUUCACAGAAAAGCAGAUAAAAUAGUUGAAAGCUGAUAAGUGCAUACAGCUUUCAAGGUCAGAGGCAGCUGCAAUGACUGCUCUGCAGGAAAAGUGCCUAUGACACAGCUCCCUGCCUCCACCUCGCUCUGUCCUCCUCCCAGCGUGUGGCCACAGGAUGUGGGUUGCGAAGGACUGAGAGAAGGAAGGAGUGGGCUGGGGAUGAGCGUGGCAGACGCCGGGGCUGCAGGACCAGGGAGCUCAGCCUGACCCUCACCAACCAUCCAGCAGGAAGAAAGCCUGGGGCCCCACCACUCUGAGCCACACUGAGCCACAGCAGCAGGUAGUAGAACAUAGCACUCAACAUGACCCUAGUACUGAAGGCGAUGGCUCUAACCUGCCUGGUGCUACUCCUGCUCCAGAAUGCCCCAGGUGUGGGUGCCCAGAUGUAUCCGGACUUCAAACUGCAGCAGCCCCAGAGCUCGGUGGUGGUGAUCAAAGGCGACACGCUGACCCUGAACUGCACAUUGUCUGGAUCGGGUCCUGUUGGUGCUGUGAAGUGGGUGAAAGGCUCAGGCAGCGACAAUCAGACCGUUUAUGAACAGAAAGGCUCCUUCCCACGUGUGAUGAGAGCAGUCAGUGCACCCAGCAACGACUUCACCAUCCGCAUCAGCAAUGUCAGUCUGGAGGACGCCGGCACCUAUUACUGCGUGAAGUUUCGCAAAGGCAUUGUUGAUGAUGUGGUGUUUAGGAAGGGUGGGGGCACGGAGGUGUCAGUGCACGCCAGACCCUCUGUGCCAGUCGUGUCGGGGCCGAGUCACCGAGCGGUGCCGGGGCAGUCGGUGCCCUUCACCUGCAGUGCCAAAGAAUUCUCCCCCCGUGACAUCAAGGUGAAAUGGCUCAAGAACAGCACUCUAGUUCGGGCUGAGCCGCCCCACAUCACCCCAGAGCUGUCAAAUUCCUCCUACCGCAUGUCCAGCACCGUGCAGGUGAAGCUGAGCGAGGACGACGUCCGCUCGGAGCUCACCUGCAAGGUGCAGCACCGCACGUUGGCAGCCCCGCUGAGGAAGACGUACGCGCUGCACCAGGCCCUGCGAGUUCCCCCCAGCGUGUCUGUGGUCGCCGCGCCGUCGGGCGCCGUGGAGGUGAACAAGACGGUGAACUUCACCUGCCGCGUGCAGGGCUUCUACCCGGGAGCUGUGACCGUCAGCUGGCUGGAGAACGGGACGGUGAUGAACGCGGGGAGCAGCACGCAGCCAACAGAGACCUCCCGGGGCUUGUUUGAGCUGAACGACACGGUGACGGUGCAGGCGGGGGAGGAGAAGAGUGGCUCCAGGUUCACCUGCCUGGUGGUGCACGAGGACCAGGAGCCCAUCUCCGGCACGGGCAUCCUGCGGGUCACUGCUCCAGCCCUAGGGGAAAACAAUGAAGGCCUCAUCGGAGACAGCAGUGACAUUCUCCUGUCCAGCCCCGGCUUAUGGCUCGGCCUGCUGCUGGAUAAGGCGCUCCUCGCCGUCAUCCUCUUCUUCCUCUUCAAGCGCAUCCUGCCCUGAGGAGCGCCGGGCGGAGCUGCUGCCGGGACGGGAGCGGCCUCCGAGAGCGCCUCAGAGCCCCGCGCCCACAGAGCCGCUCACACCGCACCGCAGCGCUCGGGAUGGGCCCGGCCUGCGCCAUCACGCUCCCCGCUGCUUCGCUUCCCGACUUUUGAAGACCAAAUCGAUGCGAAAUCUUCAACUCCACACAAACUCGUGCCAAAAUCUUCACUUCAAUACAACAUUUUGCCGAA